AUCUGUAAAUUACAUACAAGAAAGUUGAUCAAGCGGACGAUGGGUAAGCCGCGGACAAAAACGACAGAUCAACGGACGCCGACAACCAUCCGGCGUCUGUUGAUGUAUAAGAACUUCAAGCCGAAGCGAGAUCGUCGUGGAAAGAUAGUGAAAGCUGCUCCGUUUCAAAAGACUCUUUCUUCGGGCGAGAUGUCUCGAGUUGAACCGAAUCGCAAAUGGUUCGGAAACACUCGCGUGAUUGGUCAGGCGGCAUUGCAGAAGUUCCAGGAGCAUCUUGGCAUCGCGUUGAAAGAUCCGUAUCAGGUGAUCAUGAAGCAGACGAACUUACCAAUCACCCUACUGACCGAAAAAUGCAAGAAUGUCAGGAAUCAUAUCGUCGACACCGAAAGUUUCGAAUACACGUUUGGUCCUAAGGCCCAGAGAAAGAAGCCAAAUAUAAAGAUUCCCGAUUUAGAAAGUUUACUGUCUACCGCACAAAACAAAUCCGAAAAAUACUCAGAAGAGACAGAUGGAAAUUUGGUAACUGGCAAUGACCGAAUUCUGAACUCUGCGAACGACUCACUGUUUCAAAAAGGACAGUCAAAACGAAUUUGGGGCGAACUGUACAAAGUCGUUGAUUCAUCUGACGUUAUCUGUGAGGUGCUGGACUCAAGAGAUCCGAUGGGUACCCGUUGCAGGACUGUCGAAGAUUUCGUUCGCAAGGAGAAGCCGUUUAAACACAUCGUGCUCAUCUUGAAUAAGGUCGAUUUGAUCCCGCAAUCAGUCACGCAUCGAUGGAUCAAAAUAUUGGCUAAGGAGUAUCCAACGAUCGCUUUCCACGCCAAUAUGAUGAACCCUUUCGGCAAAGAUUCAUUUCUCUUGAUCCGUUGUGGUUUUCAGCUGCACAAAGAGCGACAGCAGAUCAGCGUCGGUUUCAUUGGCUAUCCGAAUGUGGGAAAAAUCUGCAACGUUGCUCCAAUCCCUGGCGAGACGAAGAGACACAAGCCUGUUCAGUAUUCAGGUAUUAGUGAAAUCGAUAGUGACGUAAAAGAUCAGUCAGUCCGCCGUAGAUGUGAAUCAGAGGUUUGGAGGAAGAAAGUGCCAUGA